AUGCAUCGAGUAGAUAGAGAUGAAGAUGGGAAGGAGGAUGAUGAUGAACAAAGGAUUUGGAGCCCGGAAGGAGCAGAUUCUUCAAAGAAGCUCGAAGGUUGCUUUGUCCGGUUUUCGUGCCAAAAUUGUCGGAAAGCUAAGACGACGGAAACCAAGGCCUAA